AUGGGCGCGCAUCACCUUGACCGGCAAGAAUUGGAUAUCGAUCCCUCAAACCUAACCGCAGCUUUGAUAUACCUUCAAAAUGAAAUUGACGAUAUUCGACAGGAUUUCACGGCUAACGAGAAUGCUUUCUUCUUGUGCUCCAUGGCACUUAUUAUUUUUUUAAUGCAGUGCGGUUUUGCUUUCCUGGAAGCCGGAGCGGUGCGAAGUAAAAACACUACAAAUAUUUUGAUCAAGAAUUUGCUGGAUUCUUGUAUUGCGAUCGUGGGAUAUUGGGCCAUCGGAUACGCGCUAGGAUACGGACAAUCUUCGAACAGCACCGUCAAUCUAUUCGUUGGAUCAUCGAAUUUCUUCUUGGCCGGAUUUUCGGAUUAUCCCAAAUUCUUCUUCCAGUACGUGUUCGCCGCCACUUCCGCAACUAUCGUAUCUGGCGCUGUGGCCGAACGCUGUGAAUUUGCGUGCUAUAUCACGUAUUGUACCGUUAUUUCAGCCCUCGUCUACCCGAUUCUCACUCAUUGGGGAUGGGCCGAGGGUGGAUGGAUGAAACUGGGGAUUACCGUCGGGAACCAGACCGAUGACCCGUAUCAUACCACGUAUCUGGAUUUCGCUGGUGCCGGGGUUGUGCAUUUGUGUGGCGGUACCAUUUCCUUUUUGGCUGCCUAUUUGAUGGGUCCGCGAAUUGGACGAUUUCCGGAAGAAGGACAGGAAGAAAGCCCGGAUAUUAAGGGGCACUCUGUGCCGUUUGCCGCCCUCGGAGGAUUUAUUCUGAUGUUUGGUUUCCUGGCGUUCAACGGUGGAUCGAUGGCUGAUAUUGUGAAGCCGGGAGAGGGAAAUAUCGUCGCGCUGGCCAUGGUGAAUACAAUUCUUUGCGGUGCGUUUGCUGCUCUUACCUAUCUGCUAUGGCAUUAUGCAACCCACGGAAAGUGGACACUGCUGUUGACGAUUAAUGCUUGUUUGGCUGGUAUGGUUUCCUCGUGCGCUGGGUGCAAUCAUAUGGAGCCAUGGGGUUCUGUAUUUACCGGUAUCGGCUCUGGUCUCAUCUAUUUGGCGCUGAGUACAUUAAUGAUCAAACUAAAAAUCGACGACCCACUUGAUGCAUUUGCCGUUCAUGCCGGUGGCGGUAGCUGGGGAUUAAUCUCAACAGCUAUCAUCUCUCAUGAUGGUAUUGCCUACGGAAUUGCAAAUGUGAUGUCUGGAAAGGGUGCUGAACCAUCCGUUGGACGAGCUUUUGCUCAACUGGGCUGGCAGUGCGUUUGCGUGAUAGCAAUUGUAUUAUGGUCACUUCUUUGGAUGACGCCAAUUUUCUUGUUCUUGAAAAAGAUCAAUCGAUUCCGAGUCACAGCCGAAGUCGAAACAAAGGGUCUCGAUAUCUAUAAGCACGGAGAGGCAGCCUAUCCGCUGCACGCCUAUGGACACGGAUGGGAUGAUUUUGAGCAGAUAAAAACACAACGAGGACAUAGUCAGAGGACGAGGACGAUGAGUGCACAUACUGAAAUGAAUCUCGAGCAACUGGCCGAAGCGUAUGGUCGAAGAACAUCCGUUCAACACGGAGUUGGUUUCGGAAAACAUCGUAAAGCCUCGGCCUACCAUAACCCAUCAUUCUUCGAACACCCCGAAUUCCACAACAACGCCAAACAAAAGAAGAAUGUGCCAAAGCAAUUGAGAAGGGAAGAUAUCGAGACGGUUGAGACCUACAAUGACUCUCCACCUCCACUCGACCAUAUCGAGGAGAAUGAGGAGAAUUGGACG